CUUUGUUACUCCUACCUUCAGCCUCCCGUCCUGAACAAUCCCUUACAUACGACGAAUAGCGACCAACAAGGAAACUUCUCCUGGCUUCUUCCCGCUAGUUGCCGACUGCAUAUUCGACCGACGCCCCCCGAUAUCGACCUUUGUCACCAGCUGCCUCUAUCUCCCGAGUGCAUAUCGACGAAGCUUCGAUAAGCACCAUUCAACCUUAUAUUUCCGGGGUCGAAUUACACGUCGAUUGCGAAGGCGGCGUAAGAAGGGCGAAUCCCUUACGACCAGCUUUCCCCAACUCCUCCACGGUCCUCUUGACCCCCACAGUCUGCUGCACCGCAUCUCUGCAUCAACAGCAAUCAUGGCGACCGACUUCAUAAUGCCCCAGAUGCCCAUUCAGCAACAACAGCCCCAAGCCCACCACUUUUACUCGCAGCCGCAGCAGCAGCAGCAGCAGCAGCAACCUUAUCGUGCUCAGCAGCACUCUGGCUUUCAGCUGGCUCCGAUCGCAACUCCUUAUCAGCCUUCCACACAGCACAAUACCCAGGUGUCGCCGCUCAGCACAUCCGGCAACUCGCCGACUUCGCCCAAGAACUACAUGACGCGCCAAAUCCGGCCGCUCUACGUACCGGCUGUGCUGCGCCCGACCGAGUUUCCAUCCAAGGUUCCGGCGCGACCAAAGUCGGAGCAUGAGCCUGAGUCUCCUGAGGAGGAACCAUUGCGUCACAGCAACAGCUUCAUGAGCCUUGGUGGGUUGAGCGGAGGGUUGAGCGCGUCAUUGGGUUUGACCAGACGGUCUACUGGCGAUAGCGCCAAAUACGUCGAUGGAACUUGGAAUCUGGACCUCUUUCCCAAUCCGACUGGCACCCCCACCCGGAAACAUUGGAAGUUGGACCAGGACGCACUUAUCUGUGAUCACGCGACCUGCAAAAAGUCCUUCAACACGUUCACCAGAAGACAUCACUGCCGGCGCUGCGGCAACAUCUUCUGCGGCGCUCACAGCGACUAUCAAAUCCCCCUUGAUCAGGACGCCAACUACAACCCUCGUGGAGUUCCCAGCCGCGCCUGCGCUCACUGCUUCAACCAGUUUAGGGCAUGGCGCAGUCGUGCAAACAGCCAGUCCUCCAGCAAGGGUUCAUCUGAUGGAGGCAACGCUCCCGAGACACCCGUCACCCCUACCGCCGCUGCCCCAGUCGCCGCUAUCGCUCCUGGCCUGAUGAGGCCCCUUCAAGCUCGCGUGGCCGAGGUGGCACACAGUGUUCCCAGAGACUGGAAUUGGAGCACCUUUUAAACGAACGGUCUUUUAACCAGUUUAUUUCCUUGUUGCGCCACCCAGAGGAAGAGUAAUCAUGCAAAUCGCCGACAUGAGAGACGACCACAGAUUUUACCGUCCACUAGAACAACAACAGAGAACAGUGCACAGCACGAAUCAUAGAGAACUUUAGACUUUGUGGGAUUCGACAAGUAGGAAAGGGAGACACGGCAUUUGUCUCAGUUACGGAAUGGGGGGAGGACCCUAAAGAGAUUUUUUCUUUUCCUUCUGUUUUUUUCUAUGAUAUACAGGAGGAAAGAUACCCAGUGGUCGGCGAUGCGUCGACACACAUAUUUUCUUUGUGAGUGAGGGUUUGAGAGAUUUUUUUUUCCUUUGAGGUGGUCAGACAGUUUUGAGCAUGGCCAUUUUUCUGUUUGCAUUUUGUUGCUGUCGUUGUUUUGUCUCGAGCUUUUGGCUUUUUGGCUCAUUCUCAUGGGAGUUGGCUUUGUAUUUUUUUAGCAAGGCGCUCUAGGAGUUGGCUUGUGUUUUUUUCAUUGAAGCAUUUUUGUUUGACUGCAUUGAUUGGGGGUAAAUGGGGGAUUGCCGGCGUUGUGUUUAUUUUACUUUGGGGUUUUGAUGAGCUGAAGAAGAAUAUGGUGGGUGUGUGUGAAAGUAGUAGUUGUUGGAGUGGUGUGGUCCUGAAAGAUUCAGAUGUUUUUACUGGUUCUCUUUAGAAUGGAGGCUGGGUGUUAAUACAAUGUUUUUUUUGAAGGCGC